UUUACUGGGAAAAAUAGUUUGAACGGUUUGAAUGAUUUGGGUCGGCGUAAAUUGAGAUAUCGAUGCCGAAUUGCUUCUAGGAUUUGCAUUUCCCGGACGAGUUUGAGGUCUUCUUUGGAGAAAUUCUCGAUCUACUCGGUGAGCCGGUUGGUUUCUUCCGACAUGGUGGCAAAUUGCAGAGAAGCGGAGCAUUCCCUUCCCAAGGAAGCGCAGAAGCUCCUUCAAUCAUUGGCAGCGGGAUGGGAAGAUAUCGUUGACGAGAAGGAACUAAAGGUGGUCCGCCUCAAAGGAGCGAUGACCAACGAGGUUUACCAGUGUCAUUGGCUGACGAAGAAGGGCGCGUUGUCCAGGAAGGUCCUGGUUAGGAUAUACGGCGAAGGAGUUGACGUCUUCUUCGAUCGCAAGGAUGAAAUACGUACGUUUGAAUGCAUGUCAAGGCAUGGGCAAGGGCCUCGGCUUCUUGGUCGUUUCCCUAAUGGCCGCAUCGAAGAGUUUAUUCAUGCAAGGGUAUGGUAGGAACGACUGUUCUCGAGCAAAGUUCAUAAGUUUCAAUGGUGAAAAGCGAGGGAGAAAGAGCUAGAGCGCAAGGGCGAGAAAGGCAGCCAUCACUUCAGAGAGAGAGAGAGAGAGAGAAAGGGCGU